AUGAUUUACACGUUUCACAACCAUGACUGGCAGUCGCCCAGCAAUUUGCCGUUGACGCCGAUCCGGCUAUUCCAAUUGCUAACGGUGGCCAUCUGCUACAUCGGCCUCUGGCGGCAUAAGUGCUAUUAUCUGGUGCCGUUUAUUGUCUUUCAGUUGACGCUCGGCUCGUACGCGGAUCUGACCACGUGGAUGCUGCUGGUCAAGGCGCACAGUCAAAAGGAUACGGUUCCUCCCGUGUAUUUUAGCACUCCCCUCAUCUAUCUGGUGCUGCCGAUCCUGAUCUACGCGGCGUUCUGCGUCUUCUUCACCUACGUCAUGUACAAGUGCUACGCCUUUUUCAAGGCAAAG